AUGAUUAUACCUGAACAUAUAAAAAACCUUGAUCAUCAAACUCAACCUCAACAAUCAUGUCAACUUUGUUUAAAAUUUCUCCAAUAUAUUAUCGAUCACGUCCGAGACCGAGACGAAGUUCAGAAUGAAAAAAAUUAUUUGCAAUGUUCUGAAUGCAACUACAAAGUAUUUAAUGAUACAUUCGCUAUGCAUCAGCACAAACGCGAUAAACAUGGUAUAGCAGUAUGUAAACUAUGUGCAAAAGAAGCCAAAGAUUUUAAGAAGUUUUUAUGUGAAGACCACACCGACCAAGAAAAAAAGGAAGAAGAAAGUAACAAAAUGAAAAUUGCUUUUUAUUGUGAGCCUUGUAAUAGAGUUUUUUUAAGACUUGAGGAUAUUAGAAAACAUGAUCGUGCAAAACACAGUAAAAAAAAG